AACCACAGCAAAAGAAGGGAGAAAAGAAUAGGCCAUGGCUGAGGGGAUGAUUGCUUCUCAAAGUGAACCGUGACAGAAUGGUCGACUGUAUGAGCAAAGUCAUGCUGCACACGGUCGUCUCAUGCUGGCAGCCAUUCCUGGGACUGGCCUUCAUGGCUGUCUUUGUGGGUUCUACCUUUGGAUGUCCCUCGCGCUGUGAGUGUUCAGCGCAGAGCAAGGCAGUUGUCUGUCACCGCAAGCGCAUGCCCACCAUCCCAGAUGGCAUCCCAACUGAAACCAGGAUCCUGGACCUGAGUAAGAACAAGCUGACAAUGAUCAACCCCGAUGACUUUGUUGCCUUUCCUGGGCUUGAGGAACUUGACCUCAGUGGAAAUGUUAUCAGCUAUGUUGAGCCUGGAGCUUUUAAUGCCCUGUUUAACAUGCACUCACUCAGUCUGAAGAGCAAUCGUAUCAAGCUCAUUCCUCUGGGCGUCUUCACAGGCUUAGCAAAUCUUACCCGACUGGAUAUAAGCGACAACAAAAUCGUCAUUCUCCUGGAUUAUAUGUUCCAGGACUUGCACAAUCUAAAGUUUUUGGAAGUGGGCGACAAUGAUCUGGUUUACAUUUCUCACCGUGCAUUCAGUGGACUUUUAAGCCUGGAGAUGCUAACCUUGGAAAGGUGCAACCUUACAGUUGUACCCACUGAGGCCCUUUCUCACCUGCACAACCUGGUCAGCCUCCAUCUACGAUACCUCAGCAUUAGCACUUUGCAUCCAUACUCAUUCAAGAAGUUGUUCCGGCUGCGGCAUUUAGAAAUUGAUAAUUGGCCUUCACUAGACCAUGUGCCAGCCAAUACGCUACAUGGCCUCAACCUGACGACGCUGUUUAUAACCAACACCAACUUGUCCUCCUUCCCUUACCAAGCCCUGAAGCACCUGCCCUACCUGACGCAUCUCAACCUGUCCUACAACCGCAUCAGGCACGUUGAAGGGGGCAUGUUGAUGGAACUGGUUCGGCUGAGAGAGCUGCACCUAGUUGGAGCUCAACUGACCACCAUUGAACCGUAUGCCUUCCAGGGCCUGCGGGGUCUCAGAGUCCUCAAUGUUUCUCACAAUCGACUGGACACACUGGAAAAGGGUGUUUUUCAGUCUCCGGAAGCUCUGGCGGUUCUGCUCAUCGACAACAACCCCUUAGUGUGUGAUUGUCGUCUUAUGUGGAUCCUGCAGAAAGGGCACUCCCUCUUCGGGGAUUCGCAGCCAGAAUGCAGCACACCUGAGGGAAUUCGUGGCCGGCCUUUUAAGGAGUUUAAGGAGACUCUCCUGUCUUACUAUGUCACAUGCACCAAGCCAAAAAUUCGUGAAAAUAAAACACAAACAAUUACUGUGGAUGAGGGCCAACAAGCGAUGUUGCGGUGCAGUGCAGAAGGAACACCAAGGCCCAUUGUGUCUUGGUUGUCCCCACGUCGACGAGUGCUGACAAGUAGGAGCCAUGGUAGAGUGACGGUCCACAACAAUGGCACACUGGAGAUCAAGUCAGCAGAGAUACAAGACAGCGGAGUGUACCUUUGCCUUGCCUCCAACACUGCUGGGAAUGCCACCCUGAUGACUUCUUUGGCGGUGAAAAGUCUGGGAUCGCUGUAUGCUAACAGGACCCAGUACUACACAGAUCCUAGCAAUACCACUGCCAAUGGGACGACUGGUGUGACCCUCGGUCUGGACCUUAAGACUAUUUUAGUGUCAACAGCUAUGGGUUGCUUCACGUUCCUGGGAGUGGUCUUGUUUUGCUUCCUGCUCCUUUUCGUUUGGAGCAGAGGAAAAGGAAAACAUAAAAACAACAUAGAUGUUGAGUACGUGCCUCGGUCAAAGUCUAAUGGCACUAACGUUGACUCUGCAGAAGGACAAGCUGGUCCUCGUCGGUUUAACAUGAAAAUGAUGUGACUUCUUUUACAGAUCCAAGACUGGACUGUGGAACUGCCCAAAGUACAAUGUAUUUUUUUGAAAAUAGGAUGACUGAACUUCUCACUGUUGCAGGGAGAGAAAACUUUGGGGCAUCACAACAUGAUGAGCAGUACCUUAAAUCACUGGAUCUUGACAUAAUGCUUGGAUACUGUGUUUCAAAUAUGAAGAGUGUAGUAGGACUUAAUUGCCAGCGGGCAACUUCUCGGAUGAGGAGUGGAAACAAUUGCCACCAUGGGGACCUGGACGGGAAUAGGUGUCAUUUAUCAGCUUUUUGAAAUUUAUAUGCCUAAAAAGAACCCUUCAGUUUUGGGUUGGCUCUACAGACUCAGUUGAACCAUGUACAGUACAAAUUUGUAUCUACGCUAUUAACCUACUUUGUUUAGUCUUGCGCCAUGCUUAUUCACUGAACAAAUCAAUGAAACAGACCAUUCUUUCCUAUGUUCAAUACUUUGCAUAUGUGUACCUAAUGCUUCAUUAUGUACAUGUAUGU